UUUACUUUCUCCGUAGUUGCUACCAAAGUGUUGCCAAAAUUGCUACAGUGUUUGUGUGAGUGGCUAGUGUGACACAUUUUCGAAUUCAAAAGUCGUUCUGCACUAUCGAAAUCAAGUAACUUAUGAACUUUUGUGAUUCAAGUUCUAGUGGUGAAUUUUAUUCUCCUCUCACCCUUUCUGAUUUAGAUUUAAGCCAUCUUAAAGAGGUUAGGGUUAGGAGUGAGAGUGAUAUUGAGCGUGAGUUAGAGUUUUUUGAAGAUCCUGACUACAUCCCUCCCCCUACUCCGUGUAGUGAAAGUUACGAGACUAAGGAGAUGUCUUCUAAGGAAACAUUGAGCAUUGGGGGGAGCGAGGAAGUAAGGAUGCUGGAGUAUAGUGAUGUAAGUGUUAAGGGUGAGUCAUCUGGGUUUGAGCGUAUAGAGGGAGGGGUAGGUAGAAAUAAAGUGGUUGAGGUUGGGGCAAAAGAAGUGUCUGUCAAUAUAUUGGAAGUGGGAGACGGGAGUGAUAAGUUUUACGAUAGUGGGGCAGACAUUGUGUCUGAGGUAAAGGGGUAUGAGUCUGAGUUCAAGAGUAGGGAUAGCCUAAGUUAUCUCAUAGAGACCUACGAGAUCUCUUUUAGAGUGUUAAUUAGGCCUGCUAGAGUGAAAGAAAGGGCAUGCUCUUCACCCCAGGAUCACUGGAUGCCAAUGUAUGCCCAUUAUUUGGCAACAGGGCUUAGGUUUCUUUUGCCUGAUUUGUUGGUGUGGCUGUUGUUGGAGUAUAGUGUAGGUUUGACCCAAUUAUCUCCCAAUGCAAUGAGAGUGAUAAUUGGGUUUAUAGUAUAUUGCCGGGCUAGGGGGCUUAGGGUGCCCACAGUAAAUAUGUUUAAGCACUUCUUUGUACUGAAGGCUAGGAGUCGGAAGGAGAAAGGGUGGUACUACUUUACACCUCGGUCGUCCAACAAAGAGAAGAGAAAUCUGUUUAGUGCAGGACCUUCCUCCAAGGCUAAAAAGGCCAACCAGAAUAAGUAUAGUUUAAAUAGUAAUGAGGAGGAAGAAGUAGAGAAGCUGGUGAGAAAGGAGGGUGACAUAAUAGACAUUAUGUUUCUCACCAGCUCUGAUGUUAUAGAAGCAGCUGAGCUUUAUGGGCCGAGCUCAAUGAGUGAAGUUGAAAUGGACAAAUUUCUUAGUGCUGCUGGUGAGGUGGCUAUUCCCAAGAAGCCAAGGAAGAAGUCCAAGACUUUGGAGAAGGCUCUGAGGUCCAAAAGGAAGAGGGAUGAAGUGGAUCAAGCUCAGAAGAAAAAGAGGAGAGUGGAGGAUGGGGUCAGGGGGGAUGAGGUAGUGGAAUUCGUACCUCGACCUACGCCUGUUAAGCUUGAUUUGGACCUCAGAGAGACCGAGGUCCCUGCCUCUAGAAAGGGUAAAGCAUUUGUUCCCACGCCUUUGCUCCAGAAUAGCAUUUUUGGGAACAAGAACUUCUCCACGACAAAGAAUUUCAUCAAUGCCUAUGUGCCUGAGGUGGAUCGCUGUAAAGCGAGGGAGGAAGCCUUGGUACAUGGAGGGACCUCAGUUGUGAGGCAUGCUCUGGAGACUGCAACUUGGGUUAACGCGCUAGCCCAAGAAUUCAUGGAGCUGGUGAAGGAGCUCAACAGCCUGCAAAAGGAAAGGGAUGAGCUAUUGAAGAAGAACGGGGAAAUGAAGAGGGAACUAGAUAUCGUGGUACCAGCAGUGACAAGCUUACAAGAGGAGAGAGAUACACUGAAGACGAUUCUCUCAUUCGAAGAGAAGAAAAGGAGAAUGUGCGAAGAAGAGAAUGAAGCACAACAGGAGGAAAUAAGAAAGAUGAGAGAAUCCGAGGUGGAACUCAAAAAGAAUGUCCAACUACUGGUCCACAACGGGAUGGAGGAGCAUAUCGGUAACUUUAUCAACUCCAUCUCGUUUGACAACAUCGUCAAUCUUUAUUGGCUGCCGACUGCAAUCCUCGCCUUCACUGAUUGCAGAAAGAAGGUGAAGCUAAGGUGGGAUCAUGAUGAAGAAGGACGUGCCGUUUUUCCUCCUAACUUCGACUUCGAGUUCGUAGCAGUGGAGGAAGAGGAAGGAGAAGCAAAAAGGGCUGAAGUUGAGGAAAGUCAGCCAUCUCCUCCCGUGGAGGUGCAUCUAGUUCCCUUUGAAGAAGAGCAGCCACCUCUUCCAGCAGAGCAAGAGCCACCCCAACCACCUCCUUCAAUGGAAUAGUUUAGGGAUUUUUUUUUAUUUAUGUAUUUAGGAUUUGAACAAUGAUUAGUGUAUACAUUUUUGAUUAAUUUAAAAAAAAUUAAAUUAGUUUGGUUAUUUAUUUUGUGCUUUUAAUUAUUUUGUAUUAACAUAAAGAUUUAGAUAAAGU